UACACAGACAAAGGAGAAAAGCCCGAAGGAGGCAAAUUUCUCCACUUCCACUCUCUCACAUUCUGGGUUGGAAAUGCUAAGCAGGCUGCCUCGUUUUAUUGUAACAAAAUGGGAUUUGAAGAACUGGCCUAUAAGGGCCUGGAAACUGGCAGCAGAGAAGUGGUGUCUCAUGUAAUAAAGCAGGAUAAGAUCAUAUUUGUCCUCUCAUCUGCUCUCAACCCUGAAAACAAAGAAAUGGGAGAGCACUUGGUGAAGCAUGGAGAUAGCGUAAAAGACAUUGCAUUUGAAGUCGAGGAUUGCGACUUCAUUGUGCAGAAAGCUAAAGAGCGUGGGGCAGUGAUAGUGAAAGAGCCCUGGGUAGAGGAAGACAAAUAUGGAAAAGUGAAAUUUGCAGUCAUCCAGACGUAUGGAGACACGACGCACACGUUAAUAGAAAAUCUUAACUACAAAGGUCUCUUCUUACCUGGCUUUGAGCCACCUCUCUUCAAAGACCCACUGUUACCAAAGCUACCAAGUGGCAAGCUGAGUUUCAUUGACCAUGUGGUGGGGAACCAGCCGGAUCAUCAGAUGGUCCCUGUGGCAGAAUGGUACCAGAAGAACCUUCUGUUUCAUCGGUUCUGGUCUGUGGAUGAUAAACAACUGCACACACAGUUCAGUGCCCUGCGUUCCAUUGUGGUCGCCAACUAUGAAGAGACCAUAAAAAUGCCCAUAAAUGAGCCAGCAAUGGGCAAGAAAAAAUCCCAGAUUCAGGAAUAUGUGGAAUACUAUGGAGGAGCUGGAGUCCAGCACAUUGCUCUGAAUACCCCCGACAUUAUUACUGCUGUCACCAACCUGAAACAACGGGGCAUGGAGUUUAUGACGGUUCCAUCCACUUACUACCAGCAACUGCGAGAGAAGCUGAAAUCUGCCAAAAUCAAGGUUAAGGAAAACAUCGACAAACUGGAGGAACUGAAAAUCUUAGUUGACUUCGAUGAGAAAGGAUACCUGCUUCAGAUCUUCACUAAACCCGUUCAGGAUAGACCCACUGUCUUUCUGGAGGUCAUACAGCGCCACAACCACCAGGGAUUUGGUGCUGGAAAUUUCAAGUCUUUGUUUCAAGCUAUUGAAGAUGACCAGGAUGCAAGAGGAAACCUUACCAUACUGACAGCAAAUGGAGAAACUAAUUUCAUCUAG